ACCUAGAUCCCCAUCCGGUGAUCUAAAAAAAAAAGUUCCCCGUCCCGAUCUCGCCGUCGCCGCCGCCGCCACCGCCGCCGUUCGUCCAACAGCGCCAGCUUCGAUUAGUCCCAAGGAGCAAGUACUGUUGCAGGAGGAGUGGGAAGAAUUAAAAUGAAGGCUCGGCAGUUUCGUGAAUGUGGUGAUGCAGAGGUCUGGCAGAGGUAGCUUGUACACGGUGAGUCGCAUCAAGCCCGGGCAGCACCUCUUCUACCCAUCCACGGCGGAAGCGCGGGCAGCAGCAGCGCAACCCAAGGAGGAAAAUAUGACGCCGCCAUCAUCAGCCGUUGCCCCGAAGAUGCCACCGCCCAGGCUCAGAUUCCAAGCAUACCGCGUAGACGGCCCAAGGCUCGAUUUUUUGCCCUUCUAUGGUCGAGGCAGCGGCGGCGGCGAUGGUAAGAUCCUCUCCAUGGACUCGGCGGGCAACACCGUGCUCUGCGACGCCGGCAGCUGCUCCGUCCAGCCCGUUGCCUGCCUUAACGAACCCAAGGGGGACAGCCCCGUCUCCUUGUCUAUCACUCGUGCGGACACCAGGGGCGACCAAGCUUUGUACGUCAUGGAUAGAUUUCCCGCUGUCCGCAAUCCAUUCAACUUCGAAGCUCUCGUCUACGGCAAGAAUUGCUGGGAGUGGCACUGGCUCCCACCGCCGCCCUACGUCAACGACCCAGCCUAUAACUGCACAGCCAUCCAGUCCUACAUGCUGCUGGGUGAUGGCUCAACCAUCUGCAUAUCCUCUGCUGGGCCCAGCCCCAUCGGCACCUACUGCUUCGACACGGUUAGCUGCACCUGGGAAAAGGCUGGCCGCUGGACCCUGCCAUUCCAUGGACGGGCUGAGCAUGUCCCUGAGCUUUGCAACCUCUGGUUCGGUAUGACUGGAGACAACAACCACAACUUGUGCGCAUUGGACCUCUCCAACCUUGGCAGGGCUCCCAAGUUGCUGCAUGACUGGCAGGUCCUCGACACGCCAGAUGGAUGGGUGCAGAAAAGGGGUAGCCUGCUAUACCUUGGAGCCGGCAGGUUUUGCAUCUUCAAAAAAUUUGACACCGGGGAGCAAGACGCUCAGGGUAAUCCUAGCAACACAGCGGCUGUGCUCACUGGUGUGGAGGUGGUCCACGAAGGAUCAUCUGAACUUGAAAUGAUCAAGCACAAGUCCUUUAUCAGCUAUGCCGGCAUCCAGUGUGUUCUUUAAGUCACCAAGGCUACGGUUAAUCCUCUCUCGAAGGCGAUGGGAGGGUAUUUAGGGGGGUUUUGGCUUGCAGAAUGAAAUCCACUCAACCUCUUGCAAUCUCCAUCAAACUGAACUGAACAGGCUGUAAAAUUUAAGGGAGAAAAUAAGCUGACAGCCUGCCCCUUUCUACUUUGCAGCAGCCAGAUCAAUGUGCAUAUAACUUGCGCUCAUUCCUUCCAAUAUGUAUUACUCUUCCAAGUUUAUAAAAUAGGAAAGUGGCCCGGCAGGCAACGUUCUUAACCAGUGAAUUAUUAUUCCUCUAUUAUCUCUAGAACCUGGUUGAAGUAUUUGCUGAGAAGCAUUCAAAGAUAUGUUAAAUCUGCUUGUCAGAGAAAAGAAGAUAUGACAAGGAAAAGCAUUUUUUUGGCUCUUGUCCCUUUUACCAAUUUUACUCGCGUACUAACUCCUCAGACCAUCAGGGCACUCUCUCGCAUCUAUUUGUUUUCUCUAGGAGAGAUGCAGUUCAAUGCAUCAGGGAUGCAGGCGGAUGUGGACAUCCGCGAGCAUGCUUUGUCUGCGCUGCAAAAAGCAACUAAACGGCCUUGCGGAUGAGCCGCAUAUAUGAAGCAGGCAUUGCAGACUUGUCCUGCCUAGUCUCUAACUGGAGGGAAUCACAACGAAGUGAAUCGGUUGCCAUCCGAUACGGCACACGGCCAGGCAGGUGUCCUGUUCAUCCCUGCGUUCUAUCUUUGCCGGUGCCACCCCUGCUCCCCGCUCUUCCCAGUGUGCGCUGCCUUUCUAUCUCCCCAGGCACCACCCCUGCUCCGUGCUUGAAGAAGCCGGCGGAGGAGGACAAGAAUCUGGCGUGGGUAGAUGAGGAGGAUAAGAAUCCGGUGAGAAAGGAGGUGAAGAACCAGGAGGUAGAGAUGAAGAUCUGUCAAGAAAAGAGGACUCCAAAAUAAAGAAUUCUGAAUUUUCAAGGCUCAGGUCAUGAGCUUAUUAUGCUGAAAUGUUGAAGUUGGUAUUGUACUUUAGCUAAUCAGAAUUCUUGAAGGAGCAUGAGGCUCCUUUUGUAUUACCAUUACUCUGAAUUCUUGUAGGAACCUGAAGAUUAUUUGCAUUACUCUUAAUUCUUGUAGGAUUAGUGCAUAUCUACUGCAUCGAGUCAGUACAAGCUAUUAUUCUGCACAUGAAGAUGAUAUUAUCACUUUGGUCUGAAUGUCUACAUAAUUUGAAUGUGUC